AUGCCGCUGCGAUAUGAAAGGGAUUUUGAAAGCUCUGAGGUCCAGCUUAUGGCUCUAGACAAUGCAGAAAGAAUGCCAGGACAGUUCUGUGAUUACUGCAAUGCUGCUGAUCCCAGCAAAGCUCACCCGGUAACUAAUGCGAUUGAUGGAACUGAGCGCUGGUGGCAAAGUCCUCCCCUGUCUAUGGGCUUGAAGUACAAUGAAGUCAAUGUCACUUUAGAUCUGGGACAGCUCUUCCAUGUUGCCUACAUCCUUAUCAAGUUUGCAAAUUCUCCUCGCCCAGAUCUCUGGAUCUUAGAAAGAUCAGUGGAUUUUGGAAGAAGUUACACUCCCUGGCAGUAUUUUGCUCACUCCAAAGCAGAUUGUUUGGAACGUUUUGGAAAGGAAGCUAAUGUUCCUGUGAGGAGGGACGGUGAUGUCCUUUGCACUACAGAGUAUUCUCGCAUUGUGCCUCUCGAAAACGGAGAGAUUGUAGUAUCCUUGAUAAAUGGCCGUCCAGGAGCAAAAAACUUCACUUUCUCCCCUACUCUUAGAGAAUUCACAAAAGCGACAAACAUCCGCCUUCAUUUUCUCAGAACCAACACACUCCUUGGACACUUGAUAUCAAAAGCUCAACGAGACCCCACUGUAACCCGCAGGUAUUACUACAGUAUAAAGGACAUCAGUAUUGGCGGUCGAUGUGUUUGCCAUGGUCAUGCUGAAGUAUGUGAUGCAAGGAGUGCUGAAAACCAAUACCAAUUUCAGUGUGAAUGUCAGCAUAAUACUUGUGGGGAAACCUGCAAUCACUGCUGUCCUGGAUAUAAUCAGAAACAGUGGCAACCUGCAACAGCUGGGAACACAAAUAUAUGUGAACCCUGCAAUUGCCAUGGACAUGCCACUGAUUGCUACUAUGAUGCUGAUGUUGAUCAGCGUCAAGAAAGCUUAAACAUCCAGGGGCGCUAUGAAGGUGGAGGAGUCUGCAUUAAUUGUCAGCAUAACACAGCUGGUAUUAACUGUGAGAAAUGUGCAGAAGGUUACUAUCGUCCAUAUGGUGUUUCAGUGAGUGCUCCCGAUGGCUGUAUACCCUGCAGCUGUAACUUGGAGCAUGCAGAGGGCUGUGAGGAAGGGUCUGGCCGCUGUUACUGUAAGCAGAAUUUCCAGGGAGAGAGCUGUGAGCAAUGUGCGGAUGGAUUCUAUGGUUUUCCGUUUUGUAUCCGUAUUCCUUUUACUUCUCCAAAUCCAAGUGAUGCUGUGGCUGGUGACAUAAUAGAAUGCAACUGUGAUGCCCGUGGCUCUGUGGCUAAUACCUGUGGUCCUAGAGAUCAGUGUCUGUGCCACAGCAACUAUGCUGGAUUUAGGUGCGACCAGUGUGCCCCAGGUUAUUACGGCUAUCCCAACUGCUCACCCUGUCAGUGUUCUCCUCAUGGAUCCCGUCACAGCGCAUGUGAGCCAACAGCGGGGCAGUGUGAGUGUCUAACAGGCUUUACAGGGCUGCGGUGUGACAGAUGCCUUUCUGGAGCCUACAGUUUCCCCUACUGUGGAGAAAUCAACAGUGAAUGUAACCCUGCAGGCACUUUUGGGUCUCAUUUGGCCUAUUGUCAAUGUCUCCAGCAUGUUGAAGGCCCUACCUGCAGUAAAUGCAAACCUUUGUACUGGAACUUGGCCAAAAAAAACCCUGGGGGAUGUACAGCAUGCCAGUGUGAUGUGAGUGGAACGUUAAGUGGAGUUGGAGAAUGUCAGCAGGAAAAUGGACACUGCUAUUGCAAAUCUAAUGUUUGCGGAGAUUCCUGUGGUACUUGUGAAGCUGGUUAUUAUGGUCUGGAAAACAAGAAUUAUUUUGGCUGCCGAGGCUGUCGGUGUGAUGUGGGAGGAUCCGUCAGCUCCGUGUGCGCUGAGCCCUCGGGUGCCUGCCAGUGCAGAGAGCACGUUGUGGGGACCACCUGCCAGCAGCCUGAAAAAUACUACUUUUUCCCUGAUCUGCACCACAUGAAGUUCGAAGUUGAAGAUGGUACUACUGUCAAAGGAAGGGGAAUUCGGUUUGGUUAUGAUCCUGAGGAAUUUCCCGGCUUCAGUUGGAGAGGAUAUGCCCGGAUGUCCUCUAUACAAAAUGAAGUGAGGAUAACUUUGAAUGUGGAAAAAUCAAACUUAUUUCGCAUUGUCCUGAGAUAUAUUAACUCUGGAAGUGCAACAUUAUCUGGCCGCAUAUCUGCUUGUCAAUCUCGGCCUGAAACAGGGUCUGCUCAGAGCAAAGAAUUUGUCUUCCCACCCAGCAAGGAGCCAGCUUUUGUCACAAUCCCAGGAAAAAGCUUCAUAGAGCCUUUCUCACUGGUUCCAGGCACAUGGAUUGUCAGUAUAAUGGCAGAGGAAGUCCUCUUGGAUUAUAUGGUGCUGUUACCUAGUGAUUAUUAUGAAGCAUCCAUCUUGCAGUUACAAGUUACUGAACCCUGCACCUAUUCAGGACGUGCUUCAACAGAGAACUGCUUGCAUUAUCAGCAUUUGCCAUUGAGCAGAUUCGCCUGUGUCCUUGGUUCAGAGGCAGCAUAUUUCACAAAUGGGGGAGAAUACAGAACGAUGCCCAUUCGACAGCCAACUCCUGACCAUCCAGAGAUGUCCCAUAUCAGUGGAAGAGAGGUUAGCUUUCAGAUGACCAUAAAUGUUCCUCAUGUUGGUCGCUACGUUCUGGUUUUUGAGUAUGCUAAUGAAGAGGAUCAGUUAUACACUGCUGAGGUGAUAGUAAAUAGUCCUGGACCUGUCACUGAAGGCAAAGUGAAAAUAUACAGUUGUAAAUACAGUUUCCUUUGUCGCAGUGUUGUAGUUGAUGAUAGGAAUCGCAUUGCAGCAUAUGACCUUCUUGCAGAUACAAAGAUACAUUUUAAGGCAUCAUCAAUUAAUUUUCUUCUGCACAAAAUUUGUAUUAUAUCAGCCGAUGAAUUUUCUCUAGAGUACACAAAGCCUAAAGAGCGCUGCAUAGCUGCUUACCAGAGUACCCAUGACAGAAGUGUGACAUGCGUUUCUUCAGCAUAUGAAACUCCACCAGGGACUUUGGUUUUGAAUGCAUUGAGGGAUGGAAGGAUUUCUGAUGUGCAGAGAAAUGUAGUCUAUGAGUUGCUCACUGCCCCUUUGCCUCCUGACUCAGUUAAUGGAGUCACCUUGACAUCGUCACAGAACCAGAUCACCUUCAAUGGGAGAGUGCCCCACUUGGGCAGGUAUGUGUUUGUGGUACAUUUUUAUCAACCAGCACACCCAGUGUUCCCUGUGCAAGUGCAUGUGGAUGCAGGACAUGUGUGGUCAGGCUCGUUCAAUGCUUCCUUCUGCCCUCAUACCUCUGGCUGUCGGGAUCAGGUAAUUGCAGAAAGCCAAAUUGAACUUGAUGUUUCUACACCUGACAUUUCUGUUACCGUAGUGAUACCUGAUGGAAAAAUGCUUAUUCUGGAAAACAUCUUAGUUGUUCCAGCAGAUAACUACAGUUACAAAAUUCUUGAAAGAAAGACUGUGGACAAAUCAUUUGAUUUUAUCAGCCAGUGUGGAGGAAACAGUUUUUAUAUUGACCCUGAAGGAUCACCAGCCUUCUGCAAGGACUCCGCGAGGUCGCUGGUGGCUUUCUACAAUAACGGAGCGGUGCCGUGCAGGUGCCAUGGAGAGGGUGCCACAAGCCCUGCUUGCAGCCCCGUGGGGGGACAGUGCACGUGCAGACCGAACGUCAUCGGUCGUCGCUGUAGCCGGUGCCAAACCGGCUACUAUGGAUUUCCUUUCUGCAAGGUAUGCAACUGUGGCCAGCGUCUUUGUGAUGAAGUAACUGGUAGAUGCAUUUGCCCUCCUCAAACGCUGAAACCAAGAUGUGAAGCAUGCAAGGAACAUUAUUUCAGCUAUCACCCUCUUGCUGGCUGCGAAAACUGCAACUGUUCACACAGAGGAAUUGUUAAUAUGGCAAGUCCAGAAUGUGAUAAAAUCAACGGGCAAUGCAAAUGUAAACCAGGAAUAAAGGGACGGCAGUGUGAUCAGUGUGGACCUGGUACUUACGGUUUCCCAAACUGCAUUCCGUGUAAUUGCAACAGAGGUGGAACAGAACCAGAUGUUUGUGAUCCCCAGACAGGAAUUUGUCUCUGCAAGGAGAAUGUUGAAGGUGCCAAAUGUGAUGUUUGCAGACCAGGAUCAUUUUAUCUGGAUCCUUCUAAUCCCAAGGGAUGCACCUCUUGCUUUUGUUUUGGGGCAACCAACAUCUGCCGCAGCACAAAUCGUCGUAGGACCAAGUUUGUGGACAUGAGGAACUGGCGCUUGGAGACAGUGAAUAAAAACAUUGAAAUUCCAGUAACCUUCAAUCCCAUCAGUAAUAGCGUAGUGGCUGAUGUUCAAGAAUUGCCUGCUUCAGUGCAUAGUUUGUACUGGAAAGCCCCACUGUCCUACCUGGGAGACAAGCUUUCUUCAUAUGGGGGCUACCUAAGCUACCAGAUGAAAUCAUUUGGUUUACCUAGUGAAGGCAUGGUUCUUCUGGAUAAGAGACCUGAUAUAGAACUGACAGGCCAGCAAAUGAAAAUAGUUUAUGUGGAUCCUAACAACCCACUGCCUGACCGUCAAUAUUAUGGCCGUGUGCAGCUAGUUGAGGGAAACUUCAGACAUUCCAACAGCAAUAAGCCUGUAUCCAGGGAAGAACUGCUGGUGAUCCUGUCUAGACUAGAUGACUUACACAUCAGAGGCCUUUACUUCACGGAGACUCAGCGAUUAACCCUUGGUGAGGUUGGGCUGGAGGAAGCCACCAGCACAGGAAGUGGCAGCACUGCCUUCACUGUGGAGACGUGUUCCUGCCCUCCUGAGUAUGCUGGUGACUCAUGUCAGGAAUGCGCCCCUGGAUUUUAUCGUGAGAAUAAAGGAUUAUUUGCUGGACGCUGUGUUCCCUGCAAUUGCAAUGGAAAUUCAAACAGAUGUUUGGAUGGUUCUGGAAAAUGUAUUAACUGCCAGUAUAACACUGCUGGGGAGAAGUGUGAGCGCUGUAAGGACGGGUAUUUUGGAGAUGCCACUCAAGGUUCCUGUCGGACGUGCCCUUGCCCUUAUACAAACAGAUUUGCAACUGGCUGUGUGGCAAAUGGUGAAGAAAUUCAGUGUCUAUGCAAAGAAGGCUAUACCGGAGUUCGCUGUGAACGCUGUGCUCCUGGAUAUUUUGGAAACCCACAAAAAUAUGGAGGCUACUGUCAAAAAUGUAAUUGUAAUAACAAUUGGCAGCUGGCGAGCUGUGACCACCUGACUGGAGAAUGCUUAAAUAAUGAACCAAAAGAUGUGGAUCCCGAUGAAGAUUGUGACUCCUGUGAUAGCUGUGUAAUUACACUGCUGAAGGAUUUGAGCACAAUAGGUGAUGAGCUUCAGCUGAUUAAGUCUCAGCUGCAAAACGUCCAUGCGAGUUCCCACACACUGGAGCAGAUGAGAGGCUUGGAGACACGCAUCAAGGACUUAAAGGUUUUAUUGAACAAUUACCGUUCUGUUGUUCGUAAUCAAGGUUCAAAGGUGGAUGAGAUGGAGACAGACUUCAUUAACCUAAAUCGUGAUGUAAAUGCUCUCCAAGAAAAGGCUGAAAUGAACUACAAAACAGCAGAAAGAUUAUUCAAUAGUUUUGGUGAAACUAAUCAGAAAGGAAAGGAUUUGAUUUCAAGAAUACAAAUAGUUGUCAGUAAUAUACAAGUGCUCUUGGAACAAAUAGCUGGUACAGAUGCAGAAGGUAACAAUUUGCCCCUGGGGGAUGCUGCCAAAGAACUGGCUGAUGCUCAGCGAAUGAUGACAGAGAUGCGAAACCGCAACUUUGGCCAACUGCAAACAGAUGCAGAGCAGGAAAGAAGAGAAGCUCAGCUGUUACUGGCACAUGUUAAGAAUGAACUACAGAAGUACCACCAAGAAAAUCAUGGGCUCGUUAAAAUUGUGAGGGAUUCAUUGAAUGAGUAUGAGUCCAAACUCACUGAUCUUCGUGAAGCUCUGAAUGAGGCCACUGGACAAGUCAAGCAGGCUGAAAAUAUGAACAGAGAUAACGGAGUUCUGCUGGAAGACAUUAAGAAACGGAUGGAUGAGACAAAUGCACAGCAGAGCAAUAUCUUGGAUAUUUUGAGCUCUGCCCAAACUUCCUUGACACAAGCAAGCAGUGUACUUGGGUUAUUGCAGAAGAGCAAAGAGGAAUAUGAAAGUCUGGCUGCUCAGCUUGAUGGAGCAAGGAAGGAUCUGAACGAAAAGUUGACAAAUGGUUCCUUAUCAGCCAGCAAAGAACCUCUGGUGGUGAGGGCUGAGGAGCAUGCCAAAUCUCUGCAAGCCUUGGCAAAACAACUGGAUGAAAUAAAGAACAACGCCAGGCAGGAUGAGUUGGUGAGCUGUGCUGUGGAAGCCUCGACUGCCUACGACAACAUUAUUAAUGCCAUCAAGGCGGCGGAGGAGGCGGCCAGCAGAGCUGGGAGUGCAGCUGACUCGGCUCUGUCGACAGUGAAGAGAGAAGACCUAUCAGGAAAAGCUGCAAGGUUAAAAGCUGACAGCAGUGCGCUCUUGAAUCAAGCACAGGAGACUGAAAGGACCUUGAAAGUUAUUGGUCCAAACCUUGAAGACAUAAAUCGACGAGUCGGUGUUGUUGACGGACAGAAGGAUGAACUAAAAAUUGAUCUUGUCACUCUUCAAAAUAAUCUCAAUGGCAUAAGCAGAGAUGAUAUCGACAGCAAAAUCACUGAUGCAAAGAGCAUGAUAAAAAGCGCCAAGGAUGUCACGACUAAUGUAUUGAGUGAACUGCUCCCAAUUCAAGCAGAUGUGGAAAAAAUGAAGGGUACCUAUGGAAGCACCCAGAGUGCUGACUUCAGGAAAAUGUUGACGGAGGCAAACAAUUCAGUAACAAUAUUGACAAACACACUUCCAGAUCUAUUCAGCAAGAUUGAGAGCAUUAACCAACAGCUAAUGCCACUAAACAACAUCUCUGAGAAUGUCAAUCGCAUAAGAGAGCUUAUUCAGCAGGCAAGAGAUGCUGCAAACAAGGUUGCUAUUCCUAUGAGGUUCAAUGGCAGCUCUGGGGUAGAAGUUCGACCUCCAAGGAACCUUGAAGAUUUGAGAGGCUACACCUCCCUGUCUUUGUUUCUCCAAAGACCUCAGAAAAGAUCGGAUGUCCUCCAGAGGGCACCAAAUAUGUUUGUCCUGUACCUGGGUAAUAAAGAUGCUUCCCAGAACUACCUUGGCAUGGCCCUGAAGCGUGGUCGCCUCACUUGUGUCUACAACCUGGGAGGCAACGAAGCAGAGGUAGAUGUGGAGCCACUGGUGACCGAGAGCAACUCUGAGGAAGCCAUUAUGGAUCAAGUCAAGUUAGAAAGGAUUUACCAGUACGUGAAGCUGAAUUACAUCAAAGCAGCUACAUCGACUUCUCCAGAGUAUGAAAAGCCUUUGCAUGGGAGCAGUGGAGACAGUCACACUCUCCUCAACCUUGAUCCCAACAAUGUUGUCUUUUAUGUUGGAGGAUACCCACCAGAUUUUAGGCCUCCACGAAAGUUAGACUAUCCUCAUUAUGAAGGCUGCAUUGAAUUAGACAGCCUAAAUGAGAAUGUUAUCAGCCUGUACAACUUUAAGAGGACAUUUAAUCUCAAUACCACUGAAGUACAACCAUGCAGAAGGUAUAAAGAAGAGUCUGACCAAAGCUAUUUUGAAGGCACUGGUUAUGCCAGUGUCACAUCUAAAGAAACAAAUGCUUUCAUAACAGCACGCUAUGAGCAGACAAUUCAGACUACAGCAGAUGAAGGCCUGCUGUUUUUUGCAGCAAAUGAGGACCAGUUCAUCAGCAUACUCAUUAAAAAUGGUCAUCCAGUUUUUAGAUAUAAAAUUGGCUCUGAGCCUCCAAAGGAAAUAGAAAACAACUCAACAACUAUAAAUUAUGGAACAUAUGUACAAAUUGGCUUGUUGCUUGCCAGAAGUAGAAAUGUUGUUCGUGUCACUCCUGGUAUUAAUGUCAACGUAAGAAUCUUCAGUUUCACUAAAUACUACCUGGGUGGAAUUCCAUCUUCUCUACGGGAACGCUUUAAUAUAUCUACACCUCCAUUCCGGGGCUGCAUGAAGAACAUUAAAAUCCUUGGGGCAUCUGUUGUUUUUGAUGAGACCAUCGGUGUCAGCAAGAAAUGUUCAGAUGACUGGAAGAUUGUCAGAUCUGCAGCUUUCUCCGGAGCGGGAACACUGAGCCUGAAUUCAGCAGGUUUCCAAUUUCCCAGAGAUUUCCAAGUCAGCUUUGGCUUUCGCACUAUGACAUCAACUGGGACACUCUUAAGUUACAGUCCUAAUAUUCUUCUUAUCUUCCUGAGACCUGGCUCUGUAGUUGUAAGGAUGGGAGAAACAGAAAACAAACUGGACAAGAAAUAUGAAGAUGGGUCAAUCCAUUAUGUGACAGUCAUAAAAAAUGGUGACACACUAAGGCUGCUGGUUGAUGAUGAGCCUGUGACAAUGACUGUUGGCGAUUCAGGACGACAGACAUUAAUCCAGCCUAUAAGAUUUGGUGGAAAUGAUUUUGAAGGUUGCAUCUCAAACAUCUUUAUAGAAAGGGCAGGUCAGCUCCCCGAGGUUCAAACUUGCCACCAAUACAAAAACCUUGAACCAAUGCUGCUGCAAGAAUUCAGUAAUUCUGUCACGUUUAAGAUGCUCAAGAAUGAAAAAUACCUUGGUUCUCUAACCGAUGCCGAACUGCAGCAGGACCAGCAAAGCUUGGUCUUGUUAAAUGUCGCUCAGUUAAACGUCGAUACUGGAGCUUAUCUGUUUGGAAACACUCCCAACAGUUUUGUGUCAUACGCGUUUUCCCCAGUGUACCCCACAGACAGGUUACAUUUUUCUGUAGAUGUACGGACUCGAUCAUCAAGAGGUUUAAUUUUUUUUGUGGAGGAGGGAUUUGAGAACUCCUACCUGGCUCUCCGCAUUUCAAAAGGACGUUUUGUCUUUUCACUUGUGUCUGGAGGAAAACGAAUCAAGAUCAGAACAGACACUAAGUACAAUGAUGGUGAAUGGCACACGGUCGUAUUCGGGAGACAUGGGAAGAACAUCCGUCUUGUUGUCGAUGGGCUCAGGGCCCAGCAUGGCAGACUGGGAACAAACUCCGCCCUCAGCAUUAAGGCACCGAUCUACCUGGGAGGGCUGCCAUCCCUGAAGCACCAGAUUAUGCCAGUGAACAGUUUCAAAGGUUGCCUGAGGAAUUUUAAGAUGAAUGGAAAAGCCAUGAAUACACCUCAGCAAAGAAAUGGUGUACUUCCCUGCCUGGAUGUCCCCAUGGAGACUGGGAUUUAUUUCUUUAAUGAAGGAGGGUAUAUCACCAUUGAUCAUUUAAUGAUGGGCUUGGAUUUUACAAUUACAUUUACUGUUCGACCAAGGAGCUCAACAAGUGUCCUCCUCCAUUCUGGAAGCGGGCAAGACAACUACCUGACUGUUUACCUAGACGGAGGAAAACUUGUUGCUGCUGGAAAUAAUGGGGCUGGCAAGUUUGAGACCUCAGUCACGGCAGGGCAGUCUCUGCAUGAUGGGCAGUGGCACACGGUCACAGUCUCUCGGAAGGAAAGCACGCUGCAGCUGGAGGUGGGCGCUCACAGGAACUCCACCGCUGCGCUCGCUCCCCUUCUGCCCAGACACGGGCGCCAGCCGCUCCACCUGGGCGGAAUCCCAGCAAAUUUGGCCAUGCCAUGGCUUCCAGUGAAAGAUCCAUUCAUUGGCUGUCUUCGGAAUAUUAUCCUAAAUGACAAACCUGUCUCCCCUAGAAGAAUUUCCGAGGUUCAUGGUGCUAAGGAAGCACUUCACGCUGUUAAAUGGGAGCGCGCCACGAUACAGGGCGCAGCCUCCGAAGGCCCUGGGGCUGGAAGGCGGGAGCAGAGCCGCGCCGUGCGCAGCGGGGCCGCACGAGGCUGCUCACAGCAGCGCUGCAGCGCGGCACCCGCAGCGCGGCACGUGGGGCCGCUGCCCCCCCCCUGCCGCGGCAGCGCGGCGAGCAGCGGGUCACCCCGGCGCAGGAAUCCCAGGGAAGAGCGCAGGAACAGGCUGUCGCUGUUGGAAUUUGCAUCCAGAAAGAGCUGUUUGGAGAUCGGCUUUCUGAGGCUUGAAGAAAGCGAUGGUUUUUGCACUAACGAAGCGGGGAACAAGGAGAUGGAGCCAGCGCAGCUCUCGCACGGACCCGUACGAGCGGUGCAGGCAGCGCCGGCGAGCGGCCCGAGUGCCUGCAAGGGGCAAGUGUGCGACGAGCAAACCCGCACUGUGAAGUGGCAAGGUGCAGAAACUCGGAUCCUGAUGCUGCAGCCAGCGCUGCUUCCUCUACGUGGCCCUCGCCGGGUCUGUGUGCACAAGCCACACAAAGGGUUUUACGCGGCACCGGGCACCGUGUGCCAGGAGGCAGGAGCCAACCCUGAACACACAAGGCACGGAGAUAACCAGGGACUAGGAAACCAGCAGCCAACGAAGCUGUCAGGCAAGGGGGGAGGCUCGCGGGCUUCGCCGGCAAACGCGCUGCUGCAGGGCUGCUCCGCAGGGAAGGCUGCUACACGGUUCGUACCCGCUGCAGAAAGUUGGGCCCAACCACAGCUGCCCCUUCCUCCCUUCGGGCCUCCCGGGUGUCUGUCCCAGCUGCUGCCCGGGCAGGUUGCGGGUAUCUGCCAGCACCACGAACGUGAGGCCCUGCACAGCCUUCCCAGCCUCUCCUCCAUCCUCGACCCACGCGCGUCGCCGUGUCUCGUGCCGGGAAAACUCGCUGCUGGCCUUCUCAGCACUCCGUUUUUUAGCAACCCAUUUCCUGCUCUCAGGCCAAGGCAAAAAAUAGAGGUGCAAGGAGCGCAGGCAUCAAAAUUGAAAAGCAAACAUUGA